AUGUCCGAGCACACGCUUGCCGAUCCGGAACCGGUUACUGUUCCCAGACAAAGUACUGACGGAAUAAAUGACCACCGGGUAUAUCCUGAUCCCUCCUCGACCGAAGAUGAGGAGCGUCCACCCUCGAGGCGUGCCAGCGGCGGUAUCUCGAUUGAGCGAGCCGAGGCCGAAUUUUCUCGACUGCAACGGGAGCUCACCAAUGCCUCAAGAAGAGAGUCUAGGCCGAAAGGUGACGAAGAUUCCAAGACCAAAACAGAUUCUGACAUUGAGGUUUUCGACCUGGAGGGCAUCUUGCGCGGCCAGCUUGACGCCAGACAGCAAGUCGGGAUCCAUGACAAGCACAUCGGCGUUAUAUGGGAGGAUUUUACUGUCCGAGGCACGAGCACCACUAAUAACUACGUGUCUACCUUUCUCGACUCUCUGGUGAGCUUCAUCAGUGUACACAAGCCCCUGCUUCGCCUGGCCGGUUUGGACAAGAAGCCGAUCGAGGCGACCCUGCUGCACGGGUCCAACGGCGUCUGCAAGCCGGGAGAGAUGAUCCUCGUUCUCGGAAAGCCUGGCUCCGGUUGCACGACCUUUCUGAAGACCAUCACAAAUCAGCGACAGGAGUACACGAGUGUGACGGGAGACGUGCGAUAUGGGCCUUGGCGAGCUCAUGAGUUCAAUCAAUAUCGCAGUGAAACGGUCUACAAUGGCGAAGAGGAUAUCCACCAUCCGACCUUGACCGUGGAGCAGACGCUCGCCUUCGCCUUAGAUACCAAGAUACCGGCAAAACUCCCUGGCAAUAUCUCCAAGGCUGAGUUCAAGGAGCAGGUUCUAUCAAUGCUCCUCAAAAUGUUCAAUAUUGAACAUACCCGGAAGACGGUGGUUGGGAACCAGUUCGUGCGAGGUGUUUCUGGUGGGGAGAGAAAAAGGGUCAGUAUUGCGGAGAUGUUGAUCACAAACGCCUGCGUCCUGUCAUGGGAUAACAGCUCGCGAGGGCUCGACGCCAGCACUGCCCUGGAUUUCGUCAAAUCUCUGCGGAUCCAAACGGACAUGUACAAGACGGCUACGUUCGUAUCGCUCUAUCAGGCCUCGGAAAACAUUUACAACUUGUUUGACAAGGUCAUGGUCAUCGACAAUGGACGACAGGUCUACUUUGGUCCAACUUCACAGGCUCGGUCCUACUUCGAGGGGCUGGGAUUCGCCUCGCGACCACGCCAGACGACACCAGAUUAUAUCACGGGAUGCACUGACGAGUUCGAACGCGAGUAUAGGCCUGGACGCUCCGAUCACAACGCGCCACAUGACGCCGAGACACUCCAGGAGGCGUUCCAGCGCUCUGAGCUCCAGCAGGCUCUAACCUCCGAACUUGCUGAUUACAAGGCGUCCCUGGAGCACGAGAAACCGAAGCAUCAAGAAUUCGAAGCUGCGGUUUCUGAGAGCAAGAGGGGUGUCAAGCGAUCGGUCUACCAGGUCGGCUUCCAUCUGCAGGUCUGGGCUCUCAUGAAACGCCAGUUUGCCCUCAAGUCCCAAGACUAUUUUAAUUUGGGCAUGUCGUGGCUGCGAACCAUCCUUCUUGGUGUUAUCCUUGGGACCUUAUACUAUGACUUGGAACAGACGUCUGGUAGCGCGUUUAGCAAGAGCGGUCUCCUUUUCAUAUCUCUGCUCUAUAUCGCCUUCAAGUCUUUUACAGAGAUGGCAUCGAUCAUGACAGGGCGAUCUAUAGUCGCCAAGCACAAAGCCUACGCAUUUCAUCGACCUUCAGCUCUUUGGAUUGCACAGGUGAUUGUGGAUCAGGCGUUCGAAAUCUCAGAGAUUUUGGUCUUUGCCAUCAUGAUCUACUUCAUGUCUGGUUUAGUACGGACCGCAGGCGCCUUUUUCACCUUCUUUCUCGUCAUGAUCUGCGGAAAUAUCGCGAUGACGUUAUUAUUCCAAGUCCUUGGUUGUAUCAGUCCGGAUUUCGAUUACGCCCUGAAGUUCGCCGUUGUCAUCAUCACGCUUUUUGUCGUGACGUCCGGUUACCCCAUCCAAUACCAAGACGCACACCACUGGCUACGGUGGAUCUCAUGGAUCAACUCUAUCGGUCUCUCGUUCAGUGCUUUUAUGCAAAACGAAUUUAGCCGGAUUAACAUGACCUGCACCGACGACUCCCUCAUCCCGUCCGGGCCCGGUUAUGAAGAUAUCGAACAUCAGGUGUGCACCUUGGCCGGGUCUAAUACUGGGACUCUCUUGGUCAAUGGUUGGGACUUCCUCAUCCAGGGAUACUCAUUUCACCCAGGUGAUCUGUGGCGCAAUUGGGGAAUAGUGGUUGUCCUCAUCGCUUUUCUCCUCUUCUUGAACGUGUUUCUCGGCGAAUACUUCCAAUUUUCGAGCAAGAGUGGGUCGUCCAAGGUGUACGUCCCGCCCAGCAAAGAACGCGACGAGCUGAACAGGACUCUGGCCUCCAAGAGAGACGCCAGGCGUAAGGAUAAGUCAAAUGAAUCGGGGUCGGGGUUGCGACUAAGCUCGACGAGUGUCCUUACCUGGGAGAACUUGAUUUAUACUGUCCCGGUCGACGGAGGUGAGCGUCGGCUGUUGAACGACAUCUUUGGUUUUGUCCGUCCAGGUGAGCUUACUGCGCUAAUGGGUUCAUCUGGCGCUGGGAAGACCACUCUUCUCGAUGUCUUGGCGUCUCGCAAAAACAUUGGAAUCGUCACCGGUGAUAUUCUGGUUGAUAACAGAAAACCCGGAAAGGAGUUUCAGAGGUCCACGUCCUACGCGGAACAACAGGAUGUCCACGAGCCAACACAAAGCGUGAGAGAGGCCUUCCGGUUUUCUGCCUACUUGCGACAACCUUACCAUGUUCCCAUGAAGGAGAGAAACGAAUAUGUGGAAGAGAUCAUCCAGCUAUUGGAAAUGGAGGAUAUCGCUGAUUGCAUCAUCGGGUCUCCGGAUACCGGCCUUACAGUGGAACAGCGGAAGCGUGUUACCAUUGGCGUCGAGCUGGCAGCAAAGCCAGAGCUCCUCCUGUUCCUCGAUGAACCAACGUCUGGCCUGGAUAGCCAGAGCGCCUUCAACAUUGUCCGCUUUCUUCGGAAGCUCAGCGCAGCCGGGCAAGCUAUCAUCUGUACGAUCCAUCAGCCGAACGCGGUAUUGUUCGAGAACUUCGAUCGCUUGCUGCUCUUGACCCGAGGUGGUAACACGGUUUAUUUUGGGGAUAUCGGGAAAGAUGCGUGCAUCUUACGCGAGUAUCUAGCAAGGAACGGCGCCGUGGCCCCGCCUACGGCAAAUAUCGCCGAGUUCAUGCUGGAGGCUGUCGGUGCCGGUAGCGCCCCUCCAAUGGGCGGCCACGACUGGGCUAGUGUCUGGAGAGAAAGCUCGGAGUUCACGCUUGUCAAGCAGACGAUUGCUCAACUACGCCAGGAAAGGGCGAAUGAGAAUCAAGCCUCGGAUUCCAAGGAUCAGAAGGAAUAUGCGUCUCCGUUUCAUCAUCAACUCUGGAUCGUCACAGCACGUAUGAUGAGAUCAUACUGGCGCUCACCCAACUAUCUCUUCACGAGACUCGCCAACCAUGUAGCGUUUGGUAUUAUCGUCGGCCUGGCCUUUCUGAACCUCGAUGAUUCGCGCUCUGCACUGCAGCAGAAGGUUUUCGUUGUCUUCCAAUGCACUGUCCUGCCUGCGCUGCUUAUUACCCAGAUCGAGGUUAUGUUCGACCAGAAACGCACCCUCUUUUUCCGCGAGUCGCUGGCGAAGAUGUAUUCGUCGACCGUCUUUACUGCAUCAGCCAUUGCCGCCGAGGUGCCGUAUUCGAUUCUCUGUGCCGUCUGCUUCUAUUUGCCAGUCUACUUCAUGCCCGGUCUUCAAACUGCAUCAUCCCGGGCAGGUUACCAGUUUUUCAUGAUCCUUACUUUAGAAUUCUUUUCUUUCACUCUGGCGCAAGGGCUUGCCUCACUGUCACCGUCCUCUUCGGUAUCAUCGCAGUAUGAUGCUUUCAUGAUGACCAUUUUCAUUCUUUUCUGCGGCGUCACUAUCCCAUAUCCCCAGAUGGCUGAAGGAUGGCGUGUCUGGCUCUAUGAACUCGACCCCUUUACACGUGUCAUCAGUGGCAUGGUGUCGACUGAGCUGCACGAUUCUCUCGUAAGAUGCAAGCCUUCGGAGUUGAGUUCAUUUGAAGCCCCUGAUGGUACAAACUGUGGGGAAUAUAUGCAGGCAUUCUUCGACAACGGCGGACCUGGUUAUAUCGUCGACAACAACACAAACAUUUGCAAAUACUGUGCGUAUAAGGUCGGCGAUGAGUUUUACAACACACUCUCGAUCUCAUUCGAUACGCGUUGGAGAGACCUGGGUAUCCUUAUCGCCUUUGUUGGGAGCAAUAUAAUUAUUACUUUCUUUGCGGUAGGUUUCCAACAAAGGGAGCACAAUAUGGUGGAGACCGAUGCUAAUAAGCGACAGAACUGCUUCCUCAAUUUCAAUAAGCGAUAG